AUGACUGAUCUAGACGAGGCGAUCGUGUCGAAGCUAACCGAUCAAAGGCUUGACGACAAUAAGGAUUUUUCAGAGUAUCUCGGAGAUUUGGAAACGCAACAUUUAUUAGACGAGGAACACUUGAGUCUACUGCCAUUCCCUUCAUGCGGGGACAUUUGCUAUCUUGAUAAGACCUCCAACCCACCAAUAUUUGAGGGCUCGGGAGGCAUCAUUUGGAAGUCCAGAAUUAAGGCCAAAAUUAAUGGAGUGAAGAUUGGUGAUACUGUGGCUAUCAAAUGUCUUUUAAACCCAGAAAACAAGAAGCCUGCUACGUAUAUGAAAAACUCUCUCAGUGAGUUCCUAACGAUGAAGAGAGGAUGUCUGAAGAACCACAGCAUAAGCCAGGUUUAUGCCAUUUGUCGGGAUAUGGAGGACGGAGUUGCACAGUAUUCGCUGGUACUGCCAUACUUCAAAAAUGGCGAUCUUCUGUCGCUGCUUACCAAAGUCACUCGGUACAACCUGGCCUUCCCCCAAUCGGAGCGCGAUCUUAUAUUUUGCAAAAUCAUCAACGCAGUGAAGGCUUUGCAGAAUGAAAAUAUUGUCCAUAGAGAUAUCAAGCCGGAAAAUGUACUUAUAGACGACAAUGGUGACGUGAAACUAGGUGAUUUUGGGUAUGCCAUAUACCUGGCCAAAACAGAGAUGUAUGAGGACCCCACCAAGUAUGGUGACGAUGACUUGCGAAACGACAGCAACUUCUUUUUGGGAACGAAAAGCUUCAAAGCUCCCGAACUUUUUCAAUAUGAUCCCACAAAGGAGCACAAGCCCAACCAUGAGGGUCUAAACCUGAAAGCCAGCGAUAUCUGGAGCUUGGGACUGUUCUAUUUUCUCGUCUCGUCCAUCCCCAGGCCUUGGAAGGUUGCCAAUUCGUCUGAUAAAGAGUACAAAGACUAUGCUCGCAUUUACGGUCUCAUGAACAUCGACGAAGCCACCGAGGCGGAUAUCAAUAUGAACAUCAUUUCCCAGCCAGCCCUACCAAAGUUCAAGAAGUUGCCUGACUCUUCCAGGGAAUGUAUUCUCAAAAUGCUCAAUCCUGAUCCUCAGAGGAGAUGGGAUAUCAAGCAGGUAACCAGAUCUGAAUGGUUUCGCGAUAGACAGUAUACCUUCAAGUCGAAGUUGGACGACAAAACUCACAGGAACGAGUUUGUGUUGAAUCUUUUGUCCUAUUGA